CAAUGCUAGAUCAUGCGAUCCAACAUACGAGAAAAACACACAUCGCCAUUUCAACCUGAACUCGAAUGUUCAACACCGGAAAACUAGUAUUUUAAGCCGAGGUUAACAUUUCAAAUCAUUCUACAUGCAUUGCUUUCUAUGUGGGGAGCAGACUAGAUCUGCUGGACAAUUUCUUUUUCACAUGUAUCGCAAGAUCGCCCCGAAGACAGUGAACACUGUCGUGCGAGGAAUCGUCUUGUUUCUUAUCGGAGGAUUCCUUGCGAUGGUUCUCUUCGCUCUUUCUAUUUUACCCGAAGCGAGAAAAAGACAAUGGGGAGCUUUCCCCGUAGAAAUAAUCAAACGUGUUUACUCUACGUUUUGGUGGAUUCCACCUUCUUGUGGAACAAUGGCUGCUUGUAUUGGUUUAGUUUGUCCUGGUCUUGAUUCCUGGCUUGGUAAGCCUCAUAAUUUUCAGCGUGAAUGGUCAAGUGUUGCUCGAUGCGUUACGAUGUUUGUAGGAAUAAGUCAUGGUACUGCAAAACUUGAUUUCACCAGCAGCAGUCAUCUAUUUAUCUUUGUCGCAAUGACAUCCUUCUUGUUAUGGUGGUUCUUUGAUCGCUCCAAAAAUGGUCUUGGAAUUGCCUUUGUUAGUGCUAUAGCAGCAUCAGUGGCAGUAUUUAUACUUAUGUAUGUUGGAGCUUGCAUAUACAGGUAUCGGCAGGUUAUAGCAGUUGUCCCAGGGCUAUUCUUUUCUGGAGCUGUAACAUUUGGUAAUAUUGGAAGACAGCUUGCUAUGGUUGAAACUGUACCAAUAAAACAGAAGGAGCAUUUAGAGUAACAUAUUCUAUUCAUAUUUUAAAUGAAAAAAAGUUCAAUUUAUUUUGAAGGUGCAUGUUUACGAAUGCCAAUUCUUCACAAUAUCUUACAAAAUGACAAGAGUUUGUACAAUUUAGUUUUCACAAGUAUAGUUGUAAAUUUAGAUGUAGAUAUAUGGAAAAAAAUCCCCCACAAUGGGACGUUAACUGCAAACCUCUCAAAAAUCUUGCAAAAUAUAGCAUGGAACAGUAAAAUAUAAGAAAGAAUUAUAUUCAAAAUUGUACAUUUUUGAAAGAAUACGGCAUAGUGCAAGUUAAUCUUAAUAUUUGGUAGCAUACAUAGUCAGCAGCAGAGAUAUUCUCAAGGUUUAUAAUCUGGUUUAGGAUUUGAUCAUGUGCCUUAGCUGUGUUUGAAGCAAAAAUUUAAGCAUUCACUAGCCUUAAGAUAUUUAUUACAAUGAAUUUACCACAGCUGUUUUUAAUUGGRAAAGGGUAAUAAUAUCAAUCAGCACAUUCACGUAUCUGAAUAUGUUGUUUUAUUUGCACAGGCCACUGAAAUAGUUAUUGUGCAUUUUCUUUAAAACUAUUACAAGUGACCUUUGUUUUUUUUUUUUUUGCACUGGGGUUUUAUGGCUUAAAGUAACAGCUAGUCACUUAUCAUGAUGGCUGACCAUUAGUUUUAAGCCAGUCAUAUCUUGUUUCUGGCUCAACAUUACCGGUUAAAAUGGCCAGCAAGACAAAGAUUUGACUGGAAAAAUUGUGGUUGGACAUUUUUCUGAUGACUGGCUUUAAUUAUUUUAAGCCCUAGGUUUGACUUAGCUGUUCCUCAGAUACAGGGUUUAUGAACUGUUUUGAAAUUUGUGACUAAUUUUGGAUGAAUGACACUCAAAUGCUGGCAUUUGAUGUGUUGUAAAAUACAUUUAGUUCAAGUUGAACUCAAGAUCAUUUUAGGCUUAACUCUAUUCAUUUAAAUAUUAAGUUCUUCUAGUGAAUAGUUACCAGACCUUCGAUCUUUACCUACAAUCUUCUGCAGACAGAAUAAAAUGUUUCACCUAGUAUUCUGGAAUAUGUAUACCAUCCCCCCUCUCCCCCUGUAGCAAUGUUGUCUUGCAUACAUUUUACCAGCCAACCACUUCAGUGUAGACAACUUCCUCAACCAACAUUGAUUGGGGGAAAGGGGCACAUUAUUUUUGCAGAAGAUUGUAGCUGUAUUAACUUCUAAUCAAAGCUACAUACCCUUUCAUCCACACUCUGGAUAUUGGCUUGCUGAACUAUCAAUAUAAAAUGUUAAUCUUAACUUGAGGAUUACUGUUAUGGUAUGGAUAAUAUAAAUAAAGAUUUGUACAUAUAUACUUCGAACAAA